AAAGGCAAGAACACUUUACUCCUUGAUGCACAGGUUGACUGGACUGGCCAGGCAGUUCGCAGCUCGAAGGAUGCAAACAACACAGCACAAGCUAUCGCCUCCUUCUCUUUCUGAAUUGGCAGAGGUCAUAACUCCAGCACUCGAGGCCAACUUCUCAGAAGCCAAAGUCAGCGUCUCGCCAUGUCCGGACCUUCGACAAGCCCCAUACUAUCUCGCCACAGAAGGUCUAUCUGGCAAUGAGAAAGUUGCAGAUAUUGGAGGGCAACCGAAUCUAUUCCCUGAGCCUCGUCUGGAGUGCAAAUACGACAUGUUGCAAAUUGCUCAGGAGAUGCAGAUGGAGUCUAAGCAAGGCCAAUUAUUAGGUGCCGGAGCUGGACCUUUCCAUCACGUUGGCGUCAAUUCGGAAUUAGCCCCCAAUCUCAGCUGGCAGGACAACUUCGAUAAUGUCAAAAACUUGACGUACUAUACCAAAUUCGACGGUGCGGAAGGCAAGCAUGCUGCUAUCUGCGCACCGAGCCCAUCUUGUGAUUGCGCAUUGAUGAUGAACUUGUACGGAUCAAAUGGAGCACCUGGGGAUGUGCUGAAAGUCACAGCUCGGUCCAGAAAAGGCGAACAAAAGAGUUUCACCGAGUGCAUACGUCGUGCCCUGGCUGAGAAGUACGGAGACGAGCGACCGAUUAGUAUCGGCGGCAUGUUCCUGCUCAAAAAGGGCAAAGCACAUUUUCACGUCAUGCCUGGAUUCGAGGCCAAGAAUGGCCCUCCUUUCCCGGAUGCAAAGCAGCUGAACGACUGGCUGACCUACCAUGACUUUGAGGCUCCGAUCGUGUGCUUAUCGGUCUUCCAUUCAGCAGACCCUGGCAAGAAGCUCGGCCUGAGGAUGGAACAUACACAUUGCUUCACUACCGAUGGAAGCAAUCGUGGCGGCCAUUACCACUAUGAUCUACCACCAGGUGAAGGGAUUGAGGAAGUGGAAUACGAAGCAUACUUCAACACUGCCAAAACUCUAUAUCGCAUAGACAAGCCGGAGGUCACAUUAGAGAGAGAUUUACAUGAUUAACGUGAUUAACGUGAUAUUGGAACACCUAAUAGAAGUAUCG